AUGGCUGCGCCUCCGCCAACCGUGCCCUCGCUCAAAGCAUCAUUCAUCAUCGCGCAAACCAACCUUCUCUCACAACCUCUCGCUCCGUCCCGCACCUGGGUGCGCACCAACGACGCGUCGGAUCAACCCAUCCCCGCGCGCCUGCUCGAUGACGCCCUCUUCAGCCUCAAUCAAACCAUACAACAACACUGCCGUCGUGUCUAUCCACCGCAGGCGAGCUACAAUGUCGCUGAGCAAAUCAGCAAUUCUUACGCGAGGGACGCGGAAGAAAGGGUAAGUCGGUUGAAAGAGUCUGAGAGCACCCUUGGUAAAGAACUGGAUUUUGCUGCCGACGACGCCAUCGAAUCGCUUCCCACAUCAUGGCCGGUCGAAGCCGAUGUCAAAAGCCAUCCGGCCGAAGCACAGGAUUACAAAGCCAUUGUCAAAAGAUUGACGCAGCUGAGUGAGCGGCGAAGGCAACUCAAACUGCGGGUGCAACAACUGCGUCGGAUCGACACCGCCAUCAAGCCACUUUCUGCCACGGAUCAGAAUCCUAUCCAGGAUAAUCUGGUAACACGCGGAGGACCGGUCGAGAAGGAAUUGGAGAGGAUGCGUGUGCUGUUGGCCCGGGUGACUGGCCGUGUGGCUGCUCUGAGUGACGAGUCACCAAACACCCGCUCAGCAGCGGGAAACACCUCCAUUGUCGAUCUGAACGACUUGACCAAGGCAAGGAAGCGAAACGUCGACAAGUUUCUUUCCGACCCGCGGGUUUUCCCUCCCUGA